GCACCGAACCGAACCGAAACCCAAACCACGAGUAGACAGACGGAGGGGGAAAAGGGGAAACAAAUUGGAAGCGCAAAGCAAUCCGCAAACCCUCUUCUUCCCCUCCUCGAUUCGCCCGGCGGCGGCGGCGGCGGCGGCGAUGGCCCGGAAGAGGAAGACGGAUGCCGCGCCGCGGCUGGACGAGGCCGACCGCACGCUCUACUCCACCUUCUGCGGCGCCGCCAACUCCCUCUCCCAGCUCUACACCCAGGCCAUGGCCCAGCAGAAGCUCUCCUUCCAGGCCGGCGAGCGCCACGCCUUCGAAAAGCUCUACCAGUGGAUAUUGAGGAAGCAUGAAGAAGAAUCCAGGCUCACUGUAGCUGAUAUAAUGUCUCAUAUUCAGCAUGAGAUGGACUAUGGAGGUACUGAUGCACAUGUCUCCCCAAGAGUACACCAGCAUCCUCAGAUUGCAAAUCCAUUCACAAAUUCAGUUGCUCCACCGGCAACUGGUUUAUAUGGGCAAACAGCAGCUGGGUUUGCUCCUAGACCCAGCCUCAGUGAUCAGUCAAAGAAUACAAUAUUCUCUAAUGCCCUAUCAAGCCCGGUGCGCAGGAGUCUCCAGAACUAUCACUUAGCUCAAGGUGCUGGCAAUGGAGGCCGGAACACAGAACCAAACUUAGCAGGGGCAAAUAGGGAGACAAACUCUGCAAGCUCCAAUGACACUUCCAUGGACAUGGUUUCAGAUAGCGCUGGGAAUGAAUUCUACCAGUGAUUUGUGGUGAGAUGUGUCUGCAAUCAGGAAGCAUCGAAUACCAGUGUUGUCUGUUAUUUCCUGCCUUCCCUUCUUUGAUAUUUUCCUCCAAAGCUCACUAUGUGGCGAUGUUCCCGCACAUCAGGUGAUGCUAUUUCCUAAGUUAUUGGUAACUUUUGUUGGUUUAUUCCCCCAGUGUUCAUGAGUUCGAGACUAUGAAUGUAAAUGAAAACCACAUUGUGAUAUUUUCUUAUAGAGGAAGUCGACUAAACUUCCUGAAACUCGGAUAAAACUUCUCUGCAACCUGCAUCGGAAAAUUUCAAGAA